ACCCUCCCAAAAAAAAAAUCGAGGUCCGCGCCGUUCGGCAGCAGGAGGCGCGCUGCGCGAAAGCUGAAUCAACACAAAACGAAGUUUGAAGAGAGGACGGGGCAGUGUAUGGUUGCCACGUCAGCAGAAGAUAACACGCGGCGCGCUAUCGAACGCGGCAGCCUCACCGUCGUAGAGAGAACGCUGGAGGAAACGAAGGAGGAGUUGGUCAAAAAUAAGAAAAUUGUGGAAAAGAGCCAGGCUCAACCUCGCUGCCGCCGCCGCCGCCGCUGCUGCUACUGCUGCUGUUUUUUUCAGCAGCAGCAGCGGCGGCGGCAGGUGUCUGCGUGGCUUCACCGCCCGGCUGCUGCUCGGGUGUGUCAUGAGGCAUGUGUUCUAGAGUGGGACCGCGCAAUGGUGUUGUGCUGUGCCACAUAGCAGGGCGCAAAGCACACAGGCGAGCCGCGCCCUCGCGCGUGUGCGUCAGAGGGUCUUUUCGGGAGGUUCCGACGGUUUCGUGCAAUUUCAUUGGUUGGUCGAUUU